AUGUUUUUAGUUGAAGGAGAAAAAUUUCCUGCUCAUAAAGUUCUUCUUGCUGCUCGGAGCGAAUAUUUCAGGCAAGAACUUUCUUGUGCUUGCGUAAAAAAUUCGCUUAUCGAGGUUUGUUGUAGAGCGAUGCUUUACGGCGGAAUGAAGGAAAGUGAUGAGGGUGAAAUCGUACUCGAAGAGACUAACGUUCUUUGCGUUUCGCAUUCUUUUGAGGUGAGUAUCUUGUUUCAUCAAGAAACUAUUGUCGUAGUUGAUAUGAUGUACAUUUAUACUGCCAAGCUCAAUCUGCUUGAAUAUAAGGAAGAACAGGUCAUGGAUAUUCUUGGCCUCGCUCAUAAAUACGGUUUCGUUAAGCUUCAAAAUGCAAUCGCUGAGUACUUGAAGGCAAUAUUGAAUAACAAGAACCUCUGCACAAUUUUCAACAUUUCUCAGCUAUACUUCCUCAACGAUCUUACGGAGUACUGCCUAGUGUUUGCAGAUCAGAAUGCUUCGGAAGUACUCACCACACAGGGAUUCCUGCAAUUGUCCAUCAAUGCUGUGACACAGCUAAUAGCCCGUGAUUCAUUUUGUGCUUCAGAAAUUGAUAUUUUCUGUGCCAUACGUGAGUGGGUGAAGGCGCGACCAGAAAUGCAGGCGGCUGCUGUGGAGAUGCUUAUGAAAUGUCUACGACUUUCACUCAUCAGUCAAAGAGAUCUUCUGAACAUAGUGCGGCCAUCAGGUCUUUUCGCGCCGGACACGAUAUUAGACGCUAUUGAGGAACAGGACAAAAAGCGCACUACUGAUCUGACCUACCGUGGUUUCUUAAGCAUCCCUCAAGAUGGAGAUCGCGGCCUUACUAGGCAUGCAAUAGGCGAUGAGGAAGGAAUAGUUGUACAACUUGGCCGACCUUACAUAAUAAACAAGAUAGUGCUCCAGCUCUUCGAUCGCGAAACCAGGAUGUACUCGUACUAUGUUGAGAUAAGUAUGGAUCGCCGUGACUGGGUACGUGUAAUAGACCAUACUAAGUAUCUAUGUCGCUCUCGUCAGACGUUGUACUUCUACUCACGUGUUGUUAGGUAUAUCCGGGUCGUGGGCACUCAUAACUCGCAAUCAAAUCGAAUGUUCCAUCUAGUUAGUUUGGAGGCUUUGAACUCAUCAGACGAGUUCGAAAUCGAUCCCAAGACGACACUAUUGAUUCCUUCUACAAAUGUUGCCACCAUCGAAAACAACGCGCUAGUCAUAGAAGGAGUGUCAAGAUGUAGAAAUGCUCUUCUCAAUGGUCAGAAUUCCGACUACGACUGGGACAAUGGUUACACAUGUCACCAGCUGAAUAGCGGAGCGAUUACCAUCCAGUUACCUCAGCCAUAUAUGAUCAGUACAAUGAGGUUGCUUUUAUGGGACUGCGACGACCGCUACUACUCUUACUACGUUGAAGUUUCGGUCAAUCAGAUCGACUGGAUAAAAGUAAUCGAUCGAAGGAUCAAUCAGUGCAGGUAA